AUGAGUUCUCAAUACCAGCAAAAAUCAUCCGAUAGAAAAAGAGCUAAUCCAUUGAUAGAUUUAGUAGAAACUGAAAAACAAUAUAUAGCUGAUUUGAGAUGUUUGCUACAGAGGGUUACAUCAUGUUGGAGCUCCGAAGAUCUUCCUCCACCUGAAUUGGAUGCAAUGUUUCGUGUUAUUGAAGAAAUUUUUAAAAGAAACAAAAAAUUUUAUUCUAAAUUGUCAAAACUUGGCGCAUCCCCUCAAUCAGCCAAGGAAAUUGGAGAUGUGUUAAUGGCCUGGAUAGAUGAAAUGGAAGUGCCAUACACAAAUUAUUGUAACCAAUAUUGUCAAGGCUUUGAUGAUAGGAGGGAUAUUGAAGAAAACUUGAUUUUACAGCAGGUUUUAAAUGAUAUUUCUGCCGAAACGAAUCAGCCAGUAUCUUUGGAUUACUUUUUUGAUGUUCCGAUUAAGAGGUUACAUUAUUAUAAAAAAUUGUAUAUGGUUGGUAUCUUUCUUCUUUUAUUAUCUUUGAAUUAA